AUGGAGAACCAAGGAGAAGUUCAGGAGGGGAUGAAAGCCGAUAUCCAACAGCUGAAGGGACAAAUGAGUCAAAUCUUAGAGGCCCUGAAUGCCUUACAAAGCCCUGGAGAUUCGUGCACACAACGACCGCAACAAAGAGUUCCAGAAGCAUCAACUUUCCCUUCCUAUGGUCUUCCCCCGAAUUACACUCCACCCUCAGGAGUGGGCUUGGAACAUCUUGACACUCAAAAGGCCGAAGAUAAUGCAGUUGAAGUAGAAGACGAGCCUGGGGCGACCACUUCCACAAUUCCUGGGCAGACGAUCCAACCAGGUAUUGAAAGCAUGAUAAUGAAAAAACAACCUGAGACGAAGUCUCCAUCUUGUGUCAUUACACCAGCAGAUUUUAAGGACGACGAGAGUAAAUUAGAAGUCUUUGAGAAAAGAUUGAGAGCCAUAGAAUGCGAAGGAAGUUUUGAACUUGGAGAUGCUAGAAAACUAUGUUUAGUUCCUGAUGUGGUGAUACCUCCAAAGUUUAGGUUGCCAGAGUUUGAGAAAUAUCAGGGAAAUACUUGCCCAAGGAGCCAUAUAACCAUGUACUGUAGAAAAAUGGCAGCUUAUGCCAACGAUGAAAAACUUUUGAUUCACUUCUUCCAAGAAAGUUUAACUGGCGUGGCUCUAACUUGGUACAUGCGCUUAGAAACGACUCACAUCUACUCAUGGAAAGAUCUAGUUGAUGCAUUCCUAAGGCAGUAUGAAUAUAAUAAAGAUUUAACACCUGACAGAGUACAACUGCAAAACAUGGUGAAGAAAGAGUCUGAAUCAUUCAGAGAAUAUGCCCAAAGGUGGAGAGAAAUUGCUGCUCAAGUAGAACCGCCUCUGAGCGACAAGGAGAUGACUACCAUAUUUUUGAAUACUCUACAACCACCAUUUUAUGAACACAUGAUAAGCAGUGUCUCCUCAAGUUUUGCUGACAUAGUGGUAAUUGGAGAGAGGGUCGAGGGUGGCAUAAGAAAUGGAAAAAUUGCACUAGGCCUACAGCUAGUAGCGAGUUUAAAUGAGUAUGGUCCUAGACAUGAGAAAGAUAAAAAACGAAGAGCUAACUCACAUUUUAUGGCCCAUCCUCAAAUGUCACAUUCCCAUGGGUCCAAUCGACCCAUUGAGCAAAGAAAUUACAAUCGUGAUGAGAAGGUCGCUAACUUCACUCCUAUCCCCAUGACCUAUACAGAGCUACUGCCAGAUCUUCUCCGCAGAAACCUCAUAAAGGUUUGUCCAACUAGGCCUAUACGACCUCCGUACCCAAAGAGCUAUGACACAAACGCCAAGUGUGAUUAUCAUGAAGGAGCGUAUGGACACUCAACGGAGGCAUGCAAGGCUCUAAAGCAUAAAGUGCAAUCUUUGAUCAAUUCAGGAUGUUUAAAGUCAAUCCAGCACUCUGACGAGGCGCGAGUUUGCCCCUACAAAUGCCAUGCACAAAUGAAGAACUAUAUGGGAAAGCAUAGGUUGUUGUAA